AUGGGGGAACUCCGAGGUGGUGCAUGGGUGGUUGUUGACAGUCAAAUCAAUUCAGACCACAUUGAAAUGUAUGCUGAUCGAACAGCUAAAGGUAAUGUCCUUGAGCCAGAAGGAAUGAUUGAGAUCAAAUUCAGAACAAGGGAAUUGUUAGAGUGUAUGGGUAGACUGGAUCAACAAUUGAUAACUCUGAAGGAAAAACUUCAGGAAGCCAAGAGUAACAGGGACCUUGCCGCCUUUGAAUCCCUACAGCCGCAGAUUAAAUCCCGUGAAAAACAGCUUUUGCCUGUGUAUACCCAGAUAGCCACAAAGUUUGCUGAACUACAUGAUACUUCCUUAAGAAUGGCUGCCAAGGGUGUAAUUAGAGAAGUUCUGGACUGGCGUAACUCCCGAGCUGUCUUCUACCAGAGACUUCACCGAAGAAUUGGAGAGCAGUCACUGAUCAACAGUGUGAGAGAUGCUGCUGGUGACCAUUUGUCACAUGCAUCUGCAAUGAACUUGCUCAAAGAAUGGUAUUUGAAUUCUGAUAUUGCCAAUAGUAAAGAAGAUGCGUGGUUGGAUGAUGAAGCCUUCUUCAAAUGGAAAAACAAUCCUGCAAAUUACGAGAAUAAACUAAAGGAACUGCGUGUGCAGAAAGUGUUGCUUCAAUUGACAAACAUUGGUGACUCAGCUCUAGAUUUGCAAGCUCUACCUCAGGGUCUUGCAGCCCUUUUAAGCAAGUUGGAGCCAUCGGGUCGUGGGAAGUUGACUGAUGAACUUCGAAAGGUUCUUGGUUAG